CUCUGUCUCUCCAUCUCCUUUAAAUCGCCAGUCUUUCUGACCCUCCUGCAUCAGCUGACUGAUCCGUCUCAGCAGGUUUAAAGAACAUCAGGAUAUCUCAGUCAUGGCCAAGAGUCCUGGUUCCCCUCGUCGUGGCAGCCUGAGUCCUGAGGGGAUUCUGAGAGAGAUCCAGAUCAACUUGCUGGAGUGUAAAGUCUGCUUUGAGAAGUUCAGCACUCAGCAGAGGGAGCACAGACCACACAACCUUUCCUGUGGCCAUGUACUCUGUCUGGAAUGCAUCAAGGCUCUGUCCCACCCUCUCCUGAGGAAGCUGGAGUGCCCAUUCUGUCGACAGCUGUGCAGCGUUGACAGCACCUCCCAUUGCCAGGCUCUUAGUGACCUGCAGGAGUUGCUGUUGUCCCAGAGUCCCACGUCCUCUGCUCCGCCUUACAGGGCAAAGACAGGCCUUGGCUUGGCUGAAGGUUUGACAUCCACUGCUCUGCACCUCUGCACAGCUUUUGGAGGGUGGGGGACUCUCAUCAACCCCACUGGGAUAGCCGUUUUGGGGUCUUCUGGGACAAUAGUGGUGGUGCAUGAUGGUGAGAAGAGCGUGACAGUGUUCAGUCCACAGGGCAGGAGGCUGCACAGUUUUGGUCGAAGAGGACGAGCCAGUGGGGAGAUCUGUUUCCCAGUGGAUGUGGCAGUGACUCCCUGUGGUCAUGUGGUGGUGACUGAUGCAGGGGAUAAAGCUGUGAAGGUUUUCACCUCCAGAGGGAACCACGUGUUGACGGUCAAUGAGUCCCUCCAGAUGCCCUGGGGUGUGGACACAGACAGCUGUGGGCACAUCCUGGUCUCAGACGUCCAGGCUGGCAUGCUGUCCAAGAUAAAAGUGGACUAUACUCGUGGUAUCACUCUAGAUCACCAAACAGCUGUUACAGAGCUGCAGCAUCCAAAAGCAGUGGCCUGCUGUCGGGUGACUGGGAACACUGCAGUGAUGGAGAAUUUACCCAAUGACACAUGUCAAGGACACACGAGGCUGAGAGUGUUCACUAAAGACUUCCACCUCCUUUGUCAAACAGACAGUUUCAGCCUGACCCUGCAGUCCACAGUGAGGCUCAACAUGUCAGACGUGGCCUUUGACAGAGAUGGAGAUGUGAUUGUUACUGACUCCAAUCAGGGGAUGAUUUGGAGUUUGGGGAAGCUCCAGAGUGGCCCAGCCCUGACCCCACUUGUGGGAGAACACCUCAUCCGCCCAGUUGGACUGGUGCCACUGAACAACGCACUGGUCAUUCUGGACAGUGGAGACCACACAGUGAAGAUUUAUUCUGCUAAAUCUGAUGCUAGGCCCAUGGUGUAGUUCAUGUUAGAGUAGACUGUGUAAUGUAGCUUAAGAUACUAUGAAGUAAGAAAUGAUAAUUCUAAGUGUGAAUAUAAUAAAAUGAGAGCUUUAGGGUUCGGUGUUUUAUUUUGCACAAAUUCAAUGUAGAGAUGAAAUUUUCAAACAGUUGUGCAGUCAUUAAAGGGAUAAGAAAAGACAAAAAUAUCUAUUUUUCUUACAUAAAACAGUUAGAUUUUCUUAUUUUGCUGUUGGGGUGUACUGGAUACUUUUACCUCUCAGAGCCACACAAAUC